GACGUGAUAACAACGUUCCGCUAAUAAAAUGAUGAGUGCGCGAUUAUUCAUCAGAGCUCCACUACUUCUGAUGCUGCUGCUGAUGCUAAUGGGCCUGUCUGUGGCGCUGCCUGGCAGGGCGAGCUUCCAGGAGUUGCGUAAGCUGCUCAGACAGCAGCAACAGGACGAGCAACAGCUCAAGGAACAGCAGUUCAACGAGGACCUCAACUCGUGGCUCCAGGCCUUGGAGCAACUGGGUCAAGACCUGGCCGCAUUCGUGAAUCAGUGCCGUCCACGGGGCAGUCGUUGUGGGCAGCGGCAAGUGCAGCGCCGCUUGCGCUCGCUGAGACGCAGCCACAGUGACUUGCGCGCCCAGUUGGAGACCCUUGAGAUCAGCUACGUGGGCAAGAUCAGCGAGGAGGAGCUGCUGAUGCCCGCAUUGCGUGCUGUGAGACAGGUGCUGCACCAAUACGAGGACUUCAUGAGGCUGAUCAACACAGAGGCCUACAAAUUGAUUCACGCGAUCGAAAAGCUCCCAGCUGAGAGAUAUACUUAAAUAUAAUUACCGUGCUCACAUAGGAAAAUUGUACAGUCACAUAAAGAAAGUCGACUACACGAAGAUUAUAUAAAUAGCUUUGCGUAUGCAUGAAUGUAUAAGUAUAUAGAAGUAUAAAUAUAGAAAUAUAUAAAUAUGUAUAUACAGAAAUGUAGAGGCAAAUCAGAUCAAUACGAAGAAAACAAUUAAUUAAGUUUAAUAUUCGUUUCAAAUUUUUUUCAAAUAUUGAAUUUAUUGCUGUUUCUUAUGUCUAUCAGGUGUAAAUAUAUAAAUCCAUAUAUAUCAAAUAUAUACAAGUAGAAAUGUAUACAAAUUCGAAUUCAUAAUAAUGCGCAAAUGUAUCUAAAGUUAUCUUUGGCUGUGUAA